UUUUUAUAUAACAAUUUGCUAACAAAUCCGCUAAUAAUUGCCAUAAUUUGCAGUUUGUAUGCAAUCUAUAGAUACUAUGCCUCAAAAUAUACCUAUUGGGAGACACAGGGUGUUAGGACAGCGCCGUUUGGCUAUUGGCAGCGCCUGUAUAAGCGAUGGUUCAAAUGGGAACAGGAAUUGUACGGCCGGUACGGCAAAUGUUUCGGCGUCUACGAGUCUACCCGACCGGUACUAUAUCUGGCCGACCCGGACCUCAUACGGGAUGUUUUGGUCAAAGAUUUUCAUAUAUUUACUAACAGACGGGAUAUAUCAACCGGUCUACUAAUGGACAAAAUAUUACCCAAUUUGAAAAGUGAAAACUGGAAACGGGUUAGGACAGUCGUAUCGCCUACGUUUACAUUGGGAAAGUUACGCAAAAUGUUGCCAUUGAUUGGCGACUGUCUGAAAACGUUGGACAGAAAUUUGGAUACCGCAGCCAAAACUACUACUAACCGGGUGGUUGGCUAUGAUAUGAAACGGCUAUUUUGCGCCUACAGUAUGGAAGUCAUACUACAGGUAUCGUUUGGCAUUAAAGUCGAUGCCAUGAUGGACGCCGACAACCCUAUCAUAGUCAACGCUUGUAAACUACUUAGUCAUGAAUUUGGUCCCAUGUUAUACCUCCUGAUGUUUGUCCCACGAUUGGCCCACUUGAUGAAACUGUCGAUUUUCGAUACCCAGGUCAUUGAAUUUUUUCACCAACUAUCCCUUCAGGUUAUUGAGGAAAGGCGUCAAAAAUCACUGACCGAAAGUCCCGGUACUGCACCCAAACGGGUCGACUUAUUGCAGCUAAUGCUUGACUCUAUCAAUGAUGAUAGUACUGGUAGUAGUGGUAGUACUGGUAGUACUGGUAGUACUGGACCCGAGUUCGCCACCCAUUCAGAUGAUAAAGUGGAUGAAAAAUACAGAGAGUAUAGUAGUAGUAGUAGUAGUAAUGGUCGUAAUAAUAGUAGUAAUACUACUAAUAAUAACAACAACAAUAAUAAAACGGAUAGUUUUAAAAAAUAUCUAACAAACGAUGAACUAAUAGCUUCGUGUGUCGUGUUUUUUGUGGCCGGCUUUGAAAAUAUCAUAACAACCCUAUCGAAUGCCACACAUUUGUUGGCCGCGAAUCCCGAUUGUCAGCAGCGGCUGUACGAUGAAGUGGCCGACUAUUUUCGCGGCCAACACGACCGCCAAUCGGACGAAUCGAUAGCCGAUUACGAAACCUUACAUUCACUGAAAUAUUUGGACGCCGUUAUCAAAGAAACACUGCGUUUAUAUCCUAACUCUAUAGCACUGGAACGGGAGGCUAGCGAUGACUAUCAGUUAGGAGGACCUGAUAAUGGCAUUCAGAUCCGGAAAGGCCAACUGAUUCAUAUACUAACCUAUUCUAUACAUCACGAUCCGGCCAACUAUCCCGAACCGUAUCGGUUUCGACCGGAAAGAUUUCUACCCGAAAAUCAGACACACCAUCCCUAUACUUACCUGCCGUUUGGUGGCGGACCUCGAAAUUGUAUUGGUAUGCGAUUGGCACAGAUGAUUGUCAAACAAGCACUGGUCAAUGCUGUCCAUAAAUAUAGCUUUCAUGACACUGGGAAACCACUGGAGUUUUACAAAUAUCAAGUGUUUGGUAUAAUGACACCCAAAGAGGUUUUUGUUAGGGUUGAGAAACGCCAGUAAAAUAAAUCAAAUAAUGGCAACCAAUGGCAAUAAAUUAAUUAAAAUUAUUUUGAUUUUUUUGUUUGUUAACAUUAUUAGAUUUUUAGACAACAACAAAAUUAAUUAAUUAAUUAUGUUUUAGUAAACAGUAGUGUGUAGUAAAGCAAAUGUUAAUAUCAAUAACAAACAAAAAUAUAAUUA